GAUUUUUUUUGUUGGUUUUACCUAAGUGGGCAGGGUAUCAGGAAGAGAAAUCGAAGGAAAAUGGUCCGUAAAAAGCUAAUUCGCGAUCAUUUUUAAAGAAAAGACAUGGUUUACUUGGUAGAAUCAAACGACGGUUGUGCUUAAAGGACGACAAAAGGGAAAGUUAAGCUGUCAGGACAUCCCAGUGACGGCUGGCCGCACUCCUAUUCUGCAGGGGCUUGCAGGGGGGUUCCUGCAAGUCAUUUUAAAUGAGAAUGUCCCUAGCACAGAGAGUGCUGCUCACAUGGAUCUUCACCCUGUUCUUCCUCAUAAUGCUCGUGCUGAAGCUGGAUGAGAAGGUCCACUGGAACUGGUUUCUCAUCUUCCUCCCCGUCUGGAUCUUCGACGCCAUCCUCCUCCUCAUGCUGGCGGUGAAAAUGGCCGGACGCUGCAAGCCGGGCUACGACCCGCGCAACGGCUCGCAGGACUUGCGAAAGAAGGCCUGGUACCUGGCGGCCAUGCUGCUGAAGUUGGCCUUCUGCCUCACGCUGUGCGCCAGGCUGGAGAAGCUCACGGAGAUCAAGGUGACGUUCGUCUGCAUCCCCCUUUGGGCCCUUCUGACAGGAGCCAUGGCAGAGCUGGGCUAUAACAUCUUCCCAGACCGGAGAGACUAAUCGCUUCUGUGUACAGGGAGGACGAGUGAUGCAGCGCUUUUUGUGAGUGACCCCCACCUCCCACCUCCCACCACCCUCCACCCCUGGCGUUCCCCCUUCCUGAGACCUAGAACACGCUUCCCUCCCCAGGCCCAGGGAACGCAGUUCAUGCCAGCAGCAUUUGAGAGCCAAAUAAGGGAACUGGAGAGCUGGGCUUUCCCCUACCCAGGAUGCUUAUGGAGGCUGUUGGGUUUUUGCGUGCGCUUUUAGUCCUAUAAUUUGGAUGAAGCCAUGACUGUUUGGCAGGGAGCGGGUUUUAAGGGAAAAAAAAGAAAGAAAAAAAACUGGCUGUCUUCAGCAUAUCCAUUUUGUACUGUUUGUGCAGUACUUACCGAGACCGUCAUAUUUCCUGGAAUGAGCCAACUGUCAUUCUUGUAGGAAGGCAUGCCUCUCCCAAGCUGGCUGUUUCACCUCUGCCACUUGGGAUGCUCAAUCUUAAAAUCAUUGUGUCCUUUCCAUUUUGGAAUUUAUGAAUGCAACAUCCUUUGCAUCUUUGAAGAGAGUAUUUUGAAAGAAGUGCAUAAUCUUGUUAUGUGUAGUCUGUGAAUAAAAAUUGGUGUCCUGAU